UGCGACAGCGACAAAGCAGGUGGAAACGAAGGGGAGAAGAAAAAGAGAACAGAAGCUAAAAGGAGAAGGAAAUGGGCUGGAUAGGAGAGACCAUCGACUCCAUCAAAUCUCUUCAGAUCAGACAUGUUCUCUCUCAGGCCGUCAGUCUUGGUAUGAUUGUUACAUCAGCAUUGAUAAUAUGGAAGGGAUUAAUGUGCAUCACUGGCAGUGAAUCACCUGUUGUUGUUGUCCUCUCUGGAAGCAUGGAACCUGGCUUCAAGAGGGGUGAUAUCUUGUUUUUGCACAUGAGCAAGGAUCCUAUUCGUGUGGGGGAAAUUGUUGUGUUUAAUGUUGAUGGUCGUGAAAUUCCAAUUGUCCAUCGAGUAAUUAAGGUUCAUGAACGACAAGAUACAGGAGAAGUAGAUGUACUCACCAAAGGGGAUAAUAAUUUUGGUGAUGACAGACUUUUGUAUGCUCAUGGUCAGCUCUGGCUUCACCGGCACCAUAUCAUGGGGAGAGCCGUAGGGUUCUUACCAUAUGUUGGAUGGGUCACUAUUAUCAUGACCGAAAAACCCAUUAUUAAGUACCUACUCAUUGGUGCCCUAGGAUUGCUGGUAGUAACUUCAAAAGACUGAGGAGUAAAUCAAAAUUUCCAGGCAUUUGGUUUCCAAAGGACUUAUCAUUUUAACCAGUGGCUUUGUUCCAUUUCUGUUCAUUUGUCAUUUAUACAUCGGAUAGAGGUCCAGGGUUAGCUUUGAAAGAACAGAUUAGGUUCUAAAGAAACUGAAAAUGUUUAAUGACUAAUAUUGAAGAGUUGAUUUAGUUCAAUCUGUUCAAUGAUCAAACCCCUCUAUGGUGGACUCAGUUUUUUUUUUC